UGUCAACUCGGAUCGGCGUUUCGGAGUUUCCGAAAAACACAAUAGAGGAAAAAAAUCGGAAUCUUAUAAUUUUAUGAUAAUUUAUUUUUAUUUACGAUUUUGUAUUUCAAUAUCGUAAGAAAUGGCAUGGCAAUAGAGAAAUAUUUAGUCAGUGGAUACAUUUAGGGCCGGUUUUCUGAGAAAAAUAUGUCAUAUAUAAAAUAAUAGUUAUUUGUUCCAUCCUAUAUCCAGUUCCAGGAAACCAGAUAGAAUGGUGUAUGAUAUUUCUUGAAUUGUGUUGAGGAUCAUAUUCUACUAAAAGCAACACUUUUGGAUCAUGAGAGUACGAGAAUUAUGUAUAUGGACAUUUGCACAUAUUUUUAAAUCUGUGAAACGUAGAGUAUUUUUGCUCCUAUGCUUCAUUUGUGUCUUUAUUAUUAUAAUAAAAUGGAGGCUCACCUGCACAAAUGUGCAUCCUCGUUUACACAUACAACACAUAUGUACCAACUAUGCAAAAGGUGCAUCUGUUGGUAAUUUAUGCCAGAGUUUAUGCCAUCCUGAUGGAGUGCCUUCACUUUCUUGUCACAGUUUUUAUAUGGAAAAGGAAGCUGUUUUCUCUGGAACAUGGAUGAACAAGAGUGUAGUUUUUAAAUCCUUAAAAAAAUCUUCAGAUACAAAGGAGUUAAAACAAUUAAAUAGUCUUAAUGAAAAAAAGUAUCCCACUGAAGAAGAAUUUUCAAAAAUGAUUCAAAGUAAUAUAAGAAAUAAAUUUAACAUUUCUGUCAAUGAUGUUGAUGCUUGGAGAAUGUCUUAUAUUCCCAAUCAACUUGGAGGAAUUGAAAGGAAUAUUGAAAUGGAGAAUGUUUGGUCAUUUUUACAAGACAAUGAAUAUCUUGCUUUAUUAUUGUAUGAGAAAUAUGCUAUCUUCCCAAAAUUACUAGGAUCCUGUGGUUCACUCUAUGCUGUUCAGAAAUUGAACUCUAUAUCGGGCUAUUGGCAUUUAAUGACUUUGUAUGAUAGCCAAGAAGAAUGGGAGAAGAGGAUAAAGUUGUCUUUGAUGAUAUUAGAUUAUUUAUUUUUAUUAGAAAAAAAGUUGCCAGAGCCCUUGCACAUUUGUGAUGUAAAAAUGAAUCAUUUUGGAGUAACCAGUGACUCCAAAAAAAUUAUGUACCUAGAUUUAGAUUCUGUUCACCCGCGCACCAUAGUUGAUAAAAUUACAGGUGAUGGUUCUCAGUGUAAACAGCAUAGCGACUGUGAUUUUUUAGAUUGUAGGUCAUUUUGCAAUUUAAUAACAUUUAAAUGUGAGUAUGGAGUUGUCAACAAUAAUUUGCAAAUUGUGUGUGAAAGAAUCUUUUUAGGUUGGGUGAUGUCUGGCAGGGUAAUGGUGCCAGGGUUGUUGUUGGGGCCUAGAACACCUAGGGUUCUUAUUGAGCUAUUAGAGCUUUGCGCUAACCCUACUAGUGAAUUGGGCAUAUCUCGAGCUCCCGCCUCUAAGGAAAUCAGAAAGAGGCUAUAUAAUUUAUUAAUUAAUUUAAAAUUAUCUUAAACAAUGCUGUGAUAAAUUUGCUUAUUUAAAUAUUGUGCAAUACUAUAUCUAGUCACUGAAUAAGAAUUGAAACUAUUGUUAAUACUUAAGUCAAUUUUAAUUAGAUAUUUAAAUUGUUAUGAUAUUUGAUCUCUUAUGAUAAAAAUACUAUUUAGUAUAUAAGUUAAAUAAUAUGAUAGGACAUUCCUGAACAAUUACAAAUAGUGCCUUAGGCAUAAUAUAGUCAAAACAAUUGGCUUGAUAGAUUUAUGGAAAAUGUUAGGCAAUUUUAUUUUAUUUAUAUUAUUAUAUACUCAUGUAAUUAAUUUAAAUAGAAGAAAAUAAUUUCUAUGCACAUAGAUGUGUCCACAUCGAUUUAAAAAUAUUGAAAAUUCGUCUUAUAUGAUUGGAAAUGCUUCCCUCACUCUUGGAUCACGCAUCAUCUGUAUCUCUAGAAAAUAAUUUUCUCAUCUAUAAAACAGUGUUGAAACCUGUGUAUGAAUAUAUGGAACUGGACUAUGAGGAAUUCAAUGUGGAAAUACUUUUAAAGAUUCCAAAUUAAAACCCUAAAAAUGAUAGCAUAUUCUUCAACGUUUAUUAAAAUUUAUAUACUAUAUGAAUAUGUAGAUUAACACUGUCGAGAAGGAAAUUGAGUACAGAGCAAAAACAUACAAAGUGCAUACUGCAAAUGCACACAGCCGCACUAGCCGCAGCUCUAAAGGAAUCUACAAAAGUAAAAAGACUUAAACAUCAUCAUAUCUUGGACUUCACUUGACUGGGAAGUAAUAAAAUGGAAGAUGGAUUAAUAAAAGUAGCGGGGCGAUUUUCAAGCAAUCUGCUCAUGGGUUUAUAACCGAUUGCAUGAUGAAGUGCUAUAAAAGAAUUCAUUUAAUAUAAUAUUAUAAAGGAUACCUUUAGUUGUAUCUAUAGAUAAGCUUUCAAGACUCUAUAAUAUAAAAUGUAACACUUUUUUGACUAUUAAUUUAACAAUAUAUUAUAAAUUAAAUAAUUCAUACUCUUUUUUUAUAUC